GUGAAUGUACGAAUGGUAACCAGAGAUACAAGAUCAAUGGGUCACAUCAAUACCCUCAUGGACAGGAAAGCAAGGACAAUCAUGGGGUGAGCGGAUGUGUAGUCAAGAUGCAUCUGUCCAUGACAUUGUUAAUAGGAGGGAGCACCGCACAGUCCUUGUGUAGAUGAAGUCCCAUCUUUACAUUGAGGAUACCCUCCAUCGUGUUGGGAAGCACAAUUACUGACAGACCUUGAAGUGACCUAGAAACUGAAAACUGGGCAUCUGUGAAGUGCACUGCACUUAACCACAUUAACCACAGCAGAGUUGUAUUCAACCAUAAUCUGUAACCUCACAGCCCUGUAUAUCCCCUCAAUCUAUCAUUACCAUCAACCAGGGAACUUAAUCUGGUUCAAUGAAAACUGCAGGAGGACAUGCAAGAAUCAACCUGGGUGUCAACCUAGUGAAGCUACAACACAAGAUUACUUGCAUGCCAACAGCAGAAACUGCAUGAGAUAGACAGAACUAAACAACUCAAAACCAACAGGUCAGAUCUAACCUUUUGAGUCCUACUACAUCUAACAAUAAAUGGUGGUGAAAAAUUAAACUACCAACAGGAGGAUGAGGCUCCACAAAUAACCCAUCCUUAAUGAUGGGGAGCCCAGAACAUCAGUGCAAAAGAAAUUUGUCAGCAUCUUCUGUCAUAAGUGCCAAGUGGAUAAUCCAUCUCACACUCCUCUUGUGGUCCCCAGCAUCAUAGAUGCCACUUCUCAACAAACUCAACUCACUUUAUAUGAUACAAAGAAAUGGCUAAAAGUACUGGAUACUGCACAGGCCCUGACACAAUUCUAGAAUUGUUUUGAAGUCAUCCACUCUAGAAUAAGCUGGGCCUCAACACAGGCUGUUCAAUGCAGCCACAACACUGGUAUCGACCCAACAAUAUAACAGAAUUUCCAUGUAUAGCAUACACAAAAAGCAGGACAACCCAACCCAGCUAACAUUGCCCAAUCAGUCUACUCUCAAUCAUCAACAAAGUAAUGGAAGGGAUCGUCAAAUGUGCUAUUCUGUGGCACUUAAUCACCAAUAACCUGUGUACUGACAGUCAGUUGGGUCUCCCUUCCCAAAAUCACCAUGGUCUCAUUAUUCACUUGGUUCAAACAUGGACGAGAGUUGAAUUCCAGAGGCAGUUGAGGGUAAUUGCUUCUUGUGUCAAGGUAACAUUUCACCAUCUCCAACAAGAAAGAAUCUAAUCAUCACCCCUUGCUAAAACUCUCACUACCGUCAUCCUGGGGGAUCACUUUUGAUCAGAAAUCAAAUUGGACCAGCUACAUUGGCAGAUCUGAGGCUAAGAGUUCAAGGGGACUAACUCACCUCCUGAUUCCACAAAGGCUGUGGACAGACCACCCUGCAUUAACCAAACAAGUGGUAAGGAAGCCAAGAAGACAGAAAAUCCAAAUUGACCAUAUCUCUUCAAUCUAUCUGUCACAGAUCCAUCUGUUUAUGACAGUAUUGUAAUGGGCUAUCUACAAGGCACAAGUCAGGAAUGUAAUACAAAUGUCUAAAUGAGUGCAGCUUCAACAGUACUUAAGAAACCAUGCACCAUCAAAUAACCCUCUUGCUUGGCUCCUCAUUCAUCACUUCAAUAUUCACUUCUUCCAACACAAACACAAAGAGGAAGCAAUAUGUACCAUCUACAAGAUGCAAUGCAGCAACUCACCAAAGCUCUUACAAUGGGACUUUAUAAACACUCAACCUCUAACACCUAGAAGGAUAAAGACGGGUGAUGCAUGGGAGUGCCACCACAUGAAUGUUCCCCUCUAAGAAACACCAUCCUGAUUUGGACCUUUAUCACCAUUUCAUUAUUGUCAUUGGGUCAUGAUCUUGGAACUCCGACCCUAACAUCACUGUGGAUAGAUCUACCCAGGAUAGAUUGCAGCAUUUCAAAAAGGAGAAGCCAGGAUACGUGGUGAAGAACUAUUUUUUCUACUACUUGUUCCGAUUUGCUGCUGCACUGGGUCAGGAGAUAUUUUACAUCACAUUCCUUCCAUUUACUUAUUGGAAUUUUGAUCCAUUUGUUUCAAGGAGGCUGGUUGGCGUGUGGGCUAUUGUUAUGUACUUGGGGCAAGCCUCCAAAGACAUCAUUAAGUGGCCUCGUCCAUUAUCCCCACCAGUUGUAAAGUUGGAAACAAGAGUUGAUGCAGAGUACGGUAUGCCAUCAACGCAUGCCAUGGCAGCAACUGCUAUCUCCUUUACGUUCCUUGUCGCUACAAUGUACAGAUACAAGUAUUCAGUUGCAUUAGGACUAAUGGCAUCUACGGUGCUGUCUGCUCUGGUCUCACUCAGCAGGCUCUACACAGGAAUGCACACUGUGCUGGAUGUGAUCUGUGGAAUCCUUGUUACUGCAGUGUUUAUGGCUCUUACAUAUCCUUUCUGGAACAUUAUUGACAAUUUCCAGUUAACCAGUCCUUUAACCCCCAUCAUUGCAAUAGUUAUACCCUUUCUCAUGAGUUAUACCUAUCCAGCACUAGAUCAUUACAGCCCAACCAGAGGGGACACCACGAUUAUCCUGGGUGUUGCAUCAGGAUGUACAAUUGGCUUUUGGAUGAACUAUCAGUAUGGUCGGACAUAUGAGCCUACAGGACCUCUCCCAUUUGAACUACCUUCUAUAACACUGGAAGUUGUGUCACUAGCAAUUGCACGCUUUCUCGUUGGAAUUAUUGUUCUUGUUGCUACUCGCCAAGUUGUCAAAACAUUCUCCCUCAAAGCACUGUGUGCAUGGUUUAAUGUUGGAGAACAUGAUGAGGAAGCUAGGAAAAGACUGGAAAUUGAAGUACCAUAUAAGUUUGUAACAUAUUCAUCCAUUGGCUUCAAUGCAACAGCUGUAGUUCCUUUGCUGUAUCAAUUCCUUGAACUACUGUGAGAAUGGCUAAUGGAUGGAGUUUUGUUGUAAUUUCUUAUGUAGACUGAGAUGCAUUUAAUGCAUUGAUGAAGACCAACAUAAAAGAUAUUUCCUGCACUAUCAUA